UCUCUCACACGCACAUCCAGGGAUCAGCACAUUCACCAUCGGGAGCUAAACAGAGAGGGAUCAACGGGAUCGGAGCGCUUCAGCCGCCGCUGGUGUCCACACAUAUUGCCCGCCUGCGUUGAACAUUUUUUAUUAUUAUUUCUAACGGGGAAAACUCGUGAACAUAACAGGGGUGCUGGAUACCGGGAGGACGUCAUGGGAGAGCUCACGGCGUUUCUGCUGUUACUGGUGGCGACCUUGACGCUUUCAUCCGAGGUGCCUGCUGAUGACUCUGUUGGUUUACUAACUGAGCCCCAGGUGGCCAUGUUCUGCGGAAAGCUCAACAUGCACAUCAAUGUGCAGAGUGGCAAAUGGGAGUCUGACCCCUCCGGCACGAAGAGCUGCAUCGGCACCAAGGAGGGCAUCCUGCAGUACUGCCAAGAGGUGUACCCAGAGUUGCAGAUUACAAAUGUUGUGGAGGCCAACCAGCCCGUCAGCAUCCAGAACUGGUGCAAGAAAGGCCGCAAGCAAUGCCGCAGUCACACUCACAUUGUGGUGCCAUACCGCUGCCUGGUUGGGGAGUUUGUGAGCGACGCCCUGCUCGUGCCUGACAAGUGUAAGUUCCUGCACCAGGAGCGUAUGGACCAGUGUGAGAGCCAUCUGCACUGGCACACUGUAGCCAAAGAGUCCUGUGGAGACCGCUCCAUGAAUCUCCAUGACUACGGGAUGCUGUUGCCAUGUGGUAUCGACCGUUUCCGAGGGGUGGAGUUUGUCUGCUGUCCGGCGGAAGCGGAGCGAGAGUUAGACAGCACGGAGCUGGAAGGGGAGGAGUCAGACGUCUGGUGGGGUGGAGCUGAGGCCGAAUACUCUGAUAACAGCAUGUCACACCCGGCAGACACUGAGGCAGCCACCACUGAGGAUGAUGAAGAUGAGGAUGAAGAGAGGGAGGUCUUUGAAAGGGAUGAGAACGGAGAUGGCGACAAAGAUGAAGAUGAUGAUGAGGAUGAAGACGAGGACGACGUGACCGAUGAAAGGGAUAGCGAUGAGCGCAAUGCUAACAUUGCCAUGACAACCACCACCACCACCACCACCGAAUCAGUUGAAGAAGUUGUUCGAGCCGUUUGUUGGGCUCGUGCUGAGUCAGGCCCCUGUCAUGCCAUGUUGGAGCGUUGGUACUUCCUGCCUGAGAAGGGCCGCUGUGUUCCCUUCUUGUUUGGGGGCUGUGGGGGCAACAGGAAUAACUUUGACUCGGAGGAGUACUGCCUAGCUGUCUGCAGCAGCUCGUUGCCCACCAUGGCCCCCAGUCCUCCAGACGCCGUGGAUCAGUACCUGGAAUCUCCCGGGGACGACAGCGAACACUCUGACUUCCAAAAGGCCAAGGAAAGCCUGGAGGCCAAACACCGUGAAAAGAUGUCCCAGGUGAUGAGGGAGUGGGAGGAGGCUGAGAGGCAGGCCAAGAACCUUCCUCGUGCUGAUAAGAAAGCUGUCAUCCAGCGCUUCCAGGAGAAGGUGGAGGCUCUGGAGCGGGAGGCAGCAGGAGAGAGGCAGCAGAUGGUGGAAACCCACAUGGCCCGGGUGGAAGCUCUGCUCAACAGCCGCCGGCGCCUGGCUCUCGAAACUUACGUCAGUUCCCUACAGGCCAAUCCUCCAAGGGCUCGUCAGGUGUUGAGCCUGCUGAAGAAGUACGUCCGUGCAGAGCAGAAGGACAGGCAGCACACGCUGAGACAUUACGAACAUGUCCGCACAGUUGAUCCCAAGAAGGCUGCACAGAUCCGACCUCAGGUUUUGACCCACCUACGUGUGAUUGAUGAGAGGAUGAAUCAGUCCGUCGAUCUGCUCUACAAAGUGCCGAGUGUGGCGAAUGAGAUCCAAAGCCAAGUCUCUGUUCUAAUGCAGAUAGUUCAGUCGGAGCUGUCUCAGCAAGUCUCUUCACUGCAGAGUGAUGGGCGGGUGGACGGCAGGGUGAGUUACGGUAACGACGCUCUGAUGCCUGAUCAGGCCUACAGCUCUGCUCCUAUGGACCCUGGCCUGGACGGACUGGGUUUCAUCCACCCUGAGAGCUUCAACCAGCCCAACACAGAGAACCACGUUGAACCUGUUGAUGCUCGUCCAAUUCCAGAUAGAGGACUCCCCACACGACCUGUAUCUGCGCUGAAGCCGGAGGAGAUGCCAGAGGUGCGGAUGGAGACUGAAGAGGGGCAAAGUGCUGGUUAUGAAGUUUACCAUCAAAAACUGGUGUUUUUCGCUGAGGAUGUGGGGUCCAAUAAAGGUGCCAUCAUUGGACUUAUGGUUGGCGGGGUUGUCAUAGCAACUAUCAUCGUCAUUACUUUGGUGAUGCUGAGGAAGAAACAAUAUACUUCUAUUCAUCAUGGUGUAAUUGAGGUGGAUGCAGCAGUGACACCAGAGGAGCGUCACCUGGCCAAGAUGCAGCAGAAUGGCUACGAGAAUCCCACCUACAAAUUCUUUGAGCAGAUGCAGAACUAAAGAACAGCUCCUCAACAUUUUCUCCAGACGUACCGCCACACUCUCACUCAUAGGGUUUGUUCCAUUCUGGUCCCCCGCCCUCAGCCCCUGCACCCUCACUUUCCCACAUUGUUAACCGCAAAGGAAAGGUGUGAAGAGUACUGCAAAGGCAGAAUUUUAUCCUUUUUUGACGAAAAGAUAAGUGAAUUCUUUGUAUCCGUUAAUUUCUCAGUCAGGGGUUUGUGCCAAAGGUAAAUUUAUUGUAACAAAGCCUUCUUAAUCCCUGAUCCCUCGAUUGUUAAGAGCCUCACUUGAGUUUAUAUUUACCUGCAAUUGAUCAGACAAGGGUACCCUGUUUCACCUGCACAUUUCAACAAAUCGCAACAAAAACUUGAUGUUUGUAUUGAAAAACCCGGUUGAUGAUUUAUAUGAAGUCCCGCCGAUCAGACCAGAAACAUGUAAAUCCAUGCAGAUUUAACUCACAGUCCCACCCUCAUCUUCGCCACCAACCACACACACUCCAAUGAAAGCUUUGCUGUGUUUGAUGACAAAACAGCUAUUAAAGCUGGCAUUGGGCAGAGGGGCUCUCAGAGAGCCUCUCCGCACAACUGGAGCCCAGCUGUUUCAGGUUUGUUUUACAAAAAAGGAGAAAAAGACGCAGAAAAAUUAUACAUAAUCAAAGUAUGUAAAAGUUGAAGAAUAUUGAAUGUUUUUGUUUUCUGAUUUUUUUUAAUGUGUAAUAUAUUAAGACAGAGAUUAGCUGUAAGUAUAUGUAGUGCAUGGCAAUAUUGAUGACACAUACAGUAUACUGUAUGUUGAGGUCCAACGGAGCGGUCCUCUUACUAGAUAUUUUAGCAAGAUUGUACAUUUCUAGUGUCUUCUUUGUGAUCUUGUGAUAUGAAGAAGAAAAAAAAGUAUUCAGAACCCGGUCUGCUUUGUUGUCACACAGACUUGCUUUAACUGAAUCUUUGCUCGUUGCGCUCAUCCCUACGCUUCACUGUUGUGUUAGCUGCAUGGGCAAAAGGCUCUAUAUGUAAUAUAUGAAGUGUGAUAGUGUCCGAAAGGAAGACUAUUUUGUUACUGUUUGCGUUCUAUGCACUCUUUUCAUUUUGGAAGUCUGAUCACCAAAUAUAAUUGCUGUUAAGUCCCUGAUGCCAACUCAUGCCGUCGCUUCACAUUGGGUUUUUCUUAGAACAAGGAGGUCCAACUUUAAAGAGGUUUUCUGAAAGUGUAUCAUUCCAGAUUUAUCAUUCCACUCUCUCUCUCUCUUGAUUGUAAAUAUUUGAAAGAUGGGAGAUCCAGCUCUCAAUGGCCCACUUUCAUAAGCAAAAUCCACCUGUAAUUUCAUCUUGUCCAUGUCUUUUUUGGUUUUUAUUUCUAACCCCCAUUUGUCCUGUUUAUCUUCUCUUUCUGGCUGUGUCAGCAAUAUUGUACAGCGCAGCAUUUGGGAGUUUUUGCUUAAAAUGACAGGACUUGUUGGGCCUACAGAAAUCUAACAUUUUCUCCAAUUCACACACAUUCCUUCACCAAAUCUCAUGUACACAUUCUAUUUUUCUACAUUUUCAUACAUGUACAGUGCUUCUAUUCGUCCUGUGGUGUAUAUUUCUUUUCCUGCAUAUCUGUUGUCAAGACUCUUAAGAGUCCUUAAGAAAAGGUGAAGAAUUACCAUUAACACUGGGAGGAUGACCACAACUCCAAAGCAUAGACAUUUGCAUCUCCCUUAAUUUAAAUUAUUAACGCCACCUCCAGUAAACAUGAAUGUGACAUGCAUAUUGUGCUUUUAUACCACAGAAAUACAACACAUAUCACCUCACACAUUAUAUCCACACGUGUACAGACACUAACUGAAGAUCUUAAUCAGGUGAAUGUUUAAAAUUUGUAUUGACGCUCACUCUGGGUGUCUUUGGAUGCUCGUGUUAAAAAAAAUAAUUGCGCUUUCUCCCUCCUUCAUUGAUUCAGUGACCUUCCUUGGUGUGUAGUUAAGUGAACCAUUUGCUUAGAGUAAGACAAAGCUUUCUACACUCAGUAUACCAUAAAUAAAAUUUUGAAUGUA